AUGAGCCAGUGGGGCCAGGUCCAGCAGCUGGACUUCCAGUUUCUGGAUCAGGUGGACCAGUUCUACGACGACGGCUUCCCCAUGGAGAUCCGCCAGCUGCUGGCCCAAUGGGUCGAAAGCCAAGACUGGGAAGCGGCGUCGACGAACGAGCCGCUGGCGAGGAGCCUGCUGCAGAGCCUGCUGGCCCAGCUGGACGAACGCCUCGACUGGGCGGCCCGGGACAAGAACCUCGUCCUCGCCCACAACCUCAAGAGGGUCCGCAAACUGCUGCAGGGCAAGUACAGCGGGAACCCCGUGCACAUGGCCGUCGUCAUCGCCAACUGCCUCAGGGAGGAGAGAAGGGUCCUGGCCGCCGCCAGCGUGCCCGUGCAGGGGCCCCUGGAGAAGUCCCUGCAGAAUUCCGUGAUCUCCGAGCGGCAGAGAAGUAUGGAGCACAAAGUGUCCGCCAUCAAAAACAGCGCCCAGAUGACGGAACAAGACGUCAAAUUCUUGGAAGACCUGCAAGAUGAGUUUGACUUCAGGUACAAAACCAUCCAGGGCUUUGACCAAGGCGACAAGAACAGUGUCCUCAUGAAGCAAGAAGUUGUAGCCCUGCAGGGCAUGCUCAACACUCUGGACUUCAAGAGAAAGGAAGUCCUGGCCAAGAUGGCGCAGGUGGUGAACGAGGUGGGCGCGCUGAUGGACGGCCUGCUGGUGGAAGAGUUGCUGGACUGGAAGCGGAGGCAGCAGAUCGCCUGCAUUGGGGGGCCGCUGCCCGGCGGGCUGGACCAGCUGCAGAACUGUUUCACGCCGCUGGCGGAGACCCUGUUCCAGGUGCGCCGGCAGCUGGACAAGCUGGACGAGCUGUUCACCAAGGUGACCUACGAUGGCGACCCCAUCCCGCUGCAGAGGCCGCACCUGCAGGACAGGGCCGAUUUCCUCACCUACAGCCUCUUUCGGAACUCUCUCGUGGUUGAGCGACAGCCCUGCAUGCCCACUCACCCUCAGAGGCCGAUGGUCCUGAAGACCCUCAUCCAGUUCACCGUGAAACUAAGGAUGCUGAUUAAACUGCCGGAGCUGAGCUGCCAGCUCAAAGUGAAAGCCACCAUCGACAGGAACGUCUCCACAGUCAGCAACCGCAGGUUCGUGCUGUGUGGGACGCACGUGAAGGCCAUGAACAUGGAGGAAUCAGCCAACGGGAGCCUUUCCGUGGAGUUCCGACACUUGCAACCGAAGGAGUUGAAAUCCAGCGCGGGGACCAAGGGAAAUGAGGGCUCUCACAUGGUCACGGAAGAGCUCCACUCCAUCAGCUUCGAAACGCAGGUGUGCCUCUACGGUCUGGUCAUGGACUUGGAGACCUGCUCCUUGCCCGUGGUGAUGAUUUCCAACGUGAGCCAGCUUCCCAACGCCUGGGCCUCCGUCAUCUGGUACAACCUGUCCACCAGCGAUCCCCAGAAUUUGGUGUUUUUCACGUCCCCGCCGGUGGCCCCCCUCAACCAGCUCCUGGAGGUGCUCAGCUGGCAGUUCUCCUCCUACGUGGGCCGAGGCCUCAACUCCGAACAACUCAACAUGCUGGCCGAGAAGCUCACAGUGUCACAAGGCAGCUAUGCUGAUGGACAGCUCACCUGGGCCAGGUUCUGUAAGGACCACCUACCCGGAAAGCCCUUCACCUUCUGGGUUUGGCUGGAGGCCACCCUGGAUCUCAUCAAGAAGCACAUCCUCCCCCUCUGGAUCGACGGGUACGUGAUGGGGUUUGUGAGCAAGGAGAAGGAGCGGGCGCUGCUCAAGGAUAAGCCGCCAGGCACCUUCCUGCUGCGCUUCAGCGAGAGCCACCUGGGUGGUGUCACCUUCACGUGGGUGGACCACGCCGAGAACGGAGAGGUGAGGUUCCAUUCAGUGGAGCCGUACAGUAAAGGCCGGCUGGCCGCCCUGCCCUUCGCCGACAUCCUCCGCGACUAUAAGGUCAUCCUGGCCGAAAACAUCUCCGAAAACCCGCUCAAGUAUCUCUACCCGGACGUCCCCAAAGACAAGGCCUUCGGCAAGCACUACAGCAGCCAGCCGGAUCGUGCUUCGAGACCCACAGAAAGGGGAGACAAAGGUUACGUCCCUUCCGUGUUCAUCCCAAUCUCAACCAUCCGGAGCGACUGCCCCGAGCCGCAGUCUCCGGCCGACCUGCUGCCCAUGUCCCCGAGCGUCUACGCCGCCCUCACGGAGCACCUCAGCCCCGCCACCAUCCAGAGCGCGAUGGGCUCCCCGUAUUCCGCCGACUGAAUGCCGCGCCCCAAGGCCCCGGCCGGAGAAGAUGGCAGCGCCCGUGUGACCCGGCGCAUCGAGGGGGUGCCGGCCUCCGGCCGCCUGGACCAGACCGGACAGGGACUGGACCGUCCCCCCUCACUCGCUUCCCAUUUUCCUGGCCAACUGCCCCUUCCCUGAGUUCCCUGCAGCGGGGCUCCGAUCGGCCCAUCCGGAAAGUUGCCGCUGCUUUCCUGCCUUUCUCCGGUCCUCCGGGCUCUGACUCCAUUCCUUUGGGAUCGGGAUCCCGGCUGGCCCAGAAGGGGCCCACGGGUCCCCCCAACCCCAAUUAGCCGCCAAAUCCGGGAAGCGGCAUCGCCCGCUGCCAAUUCCCCCCGCGCCAUUCCCGGGAGAGCCUUGGGCCCAAGCACAGACUCCUGAACCAAGGGAUGGGCCGUCCAACAAUCCACGCUACCCACCGAGCGCUUACUUUUAGACUGUGAGCCCACUGUUGGGUAGGGACCGUCUCUAUAUGUUGCCAACUUGU